AUGUAGUCUUUUGUCAGCUACAUUAGGGGGUUAAGUUUUAUUGUGAGGCACAGUCCUCCAGAGGACACAAGGGGAAUAGCAUGUAUCUGGCCUUUAUUUGGUAUUUGGCCAAAAUAUAGGUCAGUUGCACUGGUGAAAAAAUAGUAGAAACAACAAAGAUUAUCUAGGACCACAGAAUGAAAGCCUGGUAACAUGGGAUACAUGAUUUCAUGCUGGGAAAUCUGCAGAAAAUAGAUAAUUUUUAAGGGUUUUAAUGGUUCAAGUUUUAGCUGUGGCUCUGUAUUAUAGACACAUUAUAUGACCUCAGGUUGACAUUUAAAGACAUUUGCAGAAAAUGUACACAAUAUGCAUCCAUACAGCCAGAAAUGAUCCAAAAAUGAAAGUUAAAAAGCAUUAAAUGUAUCAUCAGUUACAUGAGGUUUAAGUUGGCCUACAGUACUCUCGUAGUUUCAUCCAUAAAACUUCAAUUUCUUUCUAGCACCCAUUCUGUAAUGUAAAAAGAACAGCAGACAUGCAGCUUAUAGAGAGAAUAACUCCUCCCUGAAAGACUGUAAUGAAGUACAUGUGUAUUUCCAUUUCCAUAAAUAAAGAUACACAUGUACUUCAUUACAGUCCUUGAUUAAUGUACUUUAUCACUCCCCAGUUGAAGAAGUGUACUCAGUUACCUGAGCCCACCUGAGCCUGUGUUGCAGCCUUGUGAUUGCACCAGUGGUCACAAGCUGCCGUGUGGCGCGCGGGCGCAGGGUCCACAUGAACGCGCCCUGUUCCACCUGCCCAAUCACGUCCGAGGAGGCUCCUCCACCACACCGCCGUCUGCUGCUGCUGCUGCUGCUGCGGGGUGACUCUGGACUGUUUGUACCGCGGCUCGAGCAGCAGCUCACCUGAUAACCUGACACGCAGAUUUUCUCCUCUGAAAAGUAUCGACCACUAACUCUGUGAACGGCGUCGGAGCGAGCGAGUCCCGACGAGCCCUCUCAUCCCCCCGCUCCAUGGCCGUUGCCGCCCCCCACCCUCUCCCCCUGGGAGGUAACCUUCAAAGGCUCUGCUCAGCACGAUGGAUGACCAGCUGAGUGAUGGAGAUGGACAGAAUCAAAGGACAUGCUCCCUUCAUUGUGACCAGAUGAAGGGACACCUUCCUUCCUCCAGCAGUGAGGAGACGUACGCUGCAGCAUUUUGAUGUUCUUCAGAGGGACAAAAAAAAAAAAAAAACCCAAAACAGUUCUUCGGGGAUCAUUUUGAAAAAAGAGCAAACACUGAUCGGACAUAUUCAUUUUGUGUUCUCUGUCAGCUCGUAUGCUGACUGCUCGUCCCUGUGAUGCUUGUUAUGAGUUGUCCAUCCACAACCAAUGAGCCAGAGAGCUGCAGCAGCGAGGGAAGCAGCUGCACCACUUCCUCCAUCACCACCUCCGACCCGUCCUCUAUGUCCGGACACACUCACGCCACCACACCCUCCCUCAGCGACGCCCCCGACACCUCUCAGCAUGAAGCUCCCCCGCCGCCUCCCCUGCCGCCGCCGCCUCCAGGGGCACCCCCACCCCCUCCACCCCCGGCGACCACAUCCACCAGCCACAAUGCCAGGAAGAAGCGCCGCGUCCGCAGCUUCUUCUGGAAGCCGAUACCGGAGGAGAAAGUGCGAGGGAAGCCCAACAUCUGGACGCUGGCGGUGCGGCAGCAGCAGUAUCAGAUCGAUGUUCGCUCUGUGGAGGAGCUGUUUGGACAGCAAGAGGAGGCGCUGACGGGCAUGCGUGGGUCGACACCGGCCACUGGGACCUCAGCUCGUAUCUCCAGGUCGCGCUCCUUCAAGGAGAGCAGCAAGGACGAGAUCAGCAUCCUUGACUCGAAGAGAGGAAUGAAUGUGGGCAUUUUCCUGAAGCAGUUCAAGAAGUCCAACCGCUCCAUUGUGGAAGACAUACGACGAGGAGAGGGGAAGAUUUAUGGAGCGGAGCUGCUCAAAGACCUGCUGAAGCUCCUGCCUGACGCAGAGGAGAUCAAGAAACUUCAGUCGUUUAAAGGAGACCCAGACAAGCUGACGCUGGUCGAUUCCUUUAUGUACCUCCUGAUCCAGGUGCCUCGGUUCGAGGUUCGGAUCGAGGCCAUCGUCCUCCGGGAAGAGUUCUUCCCUUCCUGUGCUGUAAUGAGCCGCGAGAUCGAUGUCAUCCGCGUUGCCACUAAAGAGCUGAUGAACUGCGAGGAGCUUCAUGCCAUUCUGCAUCUGGUGCUGCAGGCCGGAAACAUCAUGAACGCUGGCGGCUACGCCGGCAACGCUGUGGGGUUCAAGCUGUCGUCCCUCCUCUCGUUGGCCGACACCAAAGCCAACAAACCGGGGAUGAACCUGCUGCACUUUGUCGCCAUGGAGGCAAAGAAAAAAGACGAGAAGCUGCUCAGGUUUCCGGAGAAACUUCAGGAUGUCCAGAGUGCAUCCAGAAUCUCAGUGGAAAACAUCGAGAUGGAGUUUUCCUCCUUGUAUGUUCGGAUUAAAACUCUGGAGGAGAAGGUUCAAGGAGACCAGGAGCUGCUGCAGCAGCUGGAGCCUUUUCUGCAGAGUUCAGCUGAGACGCUUCAGGACCUGAAGAGACGCAGGCUGGAUCUGCGUAAGGAGGGGAACACGCUCAUCGAUUUCUUUUGUGAAGACAAGGACACCUUCAAGCUGGACGAGUGCUUCCGCAUCUUUCAGGACUUCUGCAACAAGUUCAACAAAGCUGUCAAGGACAACACAGACCGCGAGCUGAAGGAAGCAGCCCGGCAGCGUCGUCUGAGAGAGCUGGAAGAGAAGCGCUUUGCUUGGUCGGGUGCAGAUCAGAGCAGCGUGUUUGGUCGGAGCAGCAGUGAGAACGACGUGGAGAUGCUCACCAAGGAGGGCCUGCUGGACUUCUUCCAGCAGAGGUCUCAGAGUCCACACAGCCCCCUGGGACGCUCCGCCAGCGCCCGCCGCCACCGCCACACCAUGACCUCCAUAGCAGACCGAGAACUCCAAGGAUACCUGGAGCUGUUCGGAGGCACUGGGAAUCCCACAGACUACUCCAAGUUUAACAGCCUACCUCGGUCGGGCCGCGCCGUGCAGCGGAGGAUGACCCCCUGGAUUUUAGCGGAGGACGACAACCGUGAGCUGGGCUGCGACAGACAAGUGACGUCUCCACACGCAGAAACUGAGCCCAUCAGCCCUCUGGCCAGGUUUUCCUCCUCUGGGCUGAACGACAACGAUCCGUACAACAACAACAAUAUUUACUCAUCAGUGUCAGAGGGCAGCGCGCUGCCUCGCUCCUUUUGUGUCUUUCAGAAGCCAACACAUCUUCCCAACCCGACGGCCACCAGCCACAUGAAUGUCAGUGUGGAGAAGCACACUUUAGUUCCAGGUCCUCAAGCUUUUGACCUACCGAGUCCAAACAAUAACAGUAAUCAUUUGCACUUUGUCAACCAGGGGGAUGUCGUGGUGACUGAUUUAGAGAGGGAGAGAUGUUCUCCUGUGAGUCCGGACGAUCUCCUACAGGGUAAAGUUUUAGAAAGAGGAGCAGGGAAACUAGAUCUUCCAACACAGGCUCCUGUCUCUCCCGACAGAGAGAAAGAAGAAGAGGACAACAGUACAGUUUCAUCAACAACCUGUGAUACACCCCUCCCAUUAGACACCUCUGUAUCCAAUAAGAAGCCAAUGUUUUAUAUAGUUGACUGCACAGAAACUGACUGCUCAGUCGCUUUGGAUUACUCUGAGGUUGAAAGCUCGUCUCUAACCAAAGAGGGACUCUUCAGAGCGGCCGACUGCAGCAAAGAUCAGGAGAGCCAGCAAGAUCCAAGCUCUCUGUCCUCUAAUAUGGAGUCCAUGUCCCCCAACGACCAGUCUCUUUCAACAAAUGAGCUUUCAGCGCCAAAAUCAGUGGACGCAGCAUCCAUGACUCCGCCUGCCACCGCAGAGGAGUGGGACACAGAGAGCUGUGACACCGCUGAGGGGAAGCAAGGUGCGCAGGAGAAAGAUCCGCAGAGAAGCAGCAGAAAGCCAGCCCACGCAAAGAGCAAAGCUAACAAAGCGCCCAAACCCAGCGGAGGUCGCGGCGUGCGAAUGCUGACCAGCAGCGAGAGCCAGGGCAUGCGGAAAGUCGUGCCCAUUAGCAAGCUGACAAGGACGGGUAGCAGCAAGAGAGCAGAGGUGCAUGACGGUGGAGAGUCACGCCGGCCUCUUCGAGAUCAGAGCACUCCAGCGAGAGGAAGGACUGAGAAGGCGGCAAGACCUCUCCGACACUCCAGCCUGCCACCGGACGAGUCAAAAGCCCAGAGGGGAGGCGGCCUCACAGGCGGCAUUUCAAGAUGGGCGCGUGAUUCAACCCAGAGAAAAGCUUCCAUCCACAAGCCGAGCGCCAAACCCGUGAGGAACAUCCCCAAACCUGCACAUGAGGAGAAGAUGUGCCGCUCGACCAUGAGAGCCCUGGCUCUAGCUCAAGCUCAAGCUCAAACUCAAGCUCAAGCUCAAGCUCAGACUCCUGCUGCAGCUUCCUCUGAGAACAGCAGCUCUCACACAGUCAGCGUAAAGAACACCUCUGGCGUCCCCAGCUUCGCCCGCAACACCGUAGCUUCAACUUCGAGGACCAAGAAGGAGCUGGCUCCGCCAUCUGUCCCCUCGACGCCGUCUCGCAGCCCCUUACUUCGGGGUCGACAAACCUCGGUGAAGCAGAACAGGUUGUCGCCCUCGGUUCAAACUAGCGAGGAGCGGCCUCACGGGACAAACCUGCGACGGGUGCAGAGUGUGAAAGCAGCCAGUCGCAGCGCCUACCGCAGCGAGACGCCACCGCCACCUCAGACGCCGCCUCCGACACGUGAGGAUAUCCGUAAGACUAAUAGCUUUUCUGAGAAGUCCAGAGACAUGGUGACGCCCAGCAGGAGUGCUAAACCGAGCUGGAAAUGAAACAGCCCUAGUGUAGAAACUUUCUCCUUGAGUUUGAUGUAAAUUGACUUUCACUCCUCAUAUCAUGCAAAAGACUAAAUCAAGCUGUCUGACCUAAGGAUCCUCCAGUAGCUGACUCUGUAUCAGGUUUAUGAAUUGCAAAGAGCAAGAUGCAAUGAACUGCCCCAGUGUUCCUCAAAAAAAACAACAAAAAAAACGCUUCACAACUUCCUUUAUUUUCUGGGGUUGGCAUUACGUCAACUGACAAAUGGCAAAAUGUUGUUUCUACACAGGAGCCUCUCUGCCUGCUUAGCUGUCCGUGUCCUGUAUCCACUAGUGUCUGUGAUGAUGUUGACGUUGAUCACUACCGACUGUACGAUGCUGCUAAUGAGCUCUGACAAUUUGAGACCGAGUUUCAGUGUCUUUUUCAUUCAGGUCAGGUUACAAGAUUCGUUGUACCUUUAACUUGCUGCUGUUACUUUUUUUCAGUUUUGUUGCACGCUCCUGUAGAGACUCACUCCGUUUGCCUUUUUUUUUUUUUUUUUUUGGGUUCUUUUGCUUGAUACCUCAGAACGAUCGCAGUGGCCUUUGUACCGGCAGAAAAUGUAGAAUAUGUUCAUUCGGCUCUGCAUGAUGAAGAUGUAGUCGAAACCUGAUACACUGGCUCAAACUGCAAUGUCACUUUUUACAGAUUCCUGGUAGAUGUAAUACUACAAUAUAUAGAGUCACAGAUUAUAAGCCAGUGUAUACCGACUGUGGUACUCGUUGUACCUCGUGUAUGUUUGUGUCAGUAGUUUGUAAAUGUGUUAGAACUCCUCCACGACGUUGUGGAGUAGACGUGCACGUAGGAAACGUUUCCUGUAUACUGUAGGCUAAUAACACGAUCAACGCUAACGCUUCGACAGGAAAAAGCAUCGAAACAACACUGACAUGAUCAUCAGUCAUGUGAUUAUUUUUGACAGCCUGGUCUAAUUUUUUUCUACUGUGAAUGUAGUCGUCUCAUUGUUUCCUUGAGGCCUGCACCUUUUUCCCUGACGAGGUUCGGCUGCAACAGUAACUGGUCAUAAUUCAGCCCGGCUCCAGUUUGUGCCUCCCCGUGUGCUGACAGAGCAAAACAUCUUACAUUCUGAGAAAUAGAUACCAGAAGGUUGUUUCACGAAACACACUGAUGUUUUAAAGGUAUUCCCAGAAUCCUCAGACUUUUCUAAUCAUGUGGAGGAAAAAAAAAAAUCAGUUUUUGAUUUAGAUAUCACAGCGGGGUUUCGAAAGUCUGAGACCACAUUGAUAAUUUCUAAUAUUGUCACAUAAACCUGGAAAUAAGAAGUAAAGUAAGUGAGAAGAAGUGGCUGGACUGACUCUGUCUAAGGGGCAUUGAACUCUGAAACCCUGUACAGAAACUGGAUCAGUUGUAAAGUGACCGUACCAUCAGAUGAUCAAGACAUCAAGCUCAGUUCCCAGAGAGAUAGAAAAGCAGAUUCGUCAUUGCAGGUGAGGAACUUGAAAAUGCUAAUCUUUAUCAAGAGAAAAAAGCUUGAGGUGGGCGAAGAAAAUAACAGAAUUUUAGCUCUUAACACUGUCAGAUCAUGCUGGAGAAGGUUUUGUCAUUAAAGCAAAAGGGGGAUAAACUAAAUACUUAAACUAAGACAUUCUGAAAUGUAUGCCUGUUUUGGAAAGAUGAAUGUUUUGGCUCAUAUUAUUAAUGAUUUAUCACCAUUUGUCAUGAAAUAAGGAUGAAACACACGUCCAUUGUGACAUGGAAAAUGAUUAAUUACAAGGACUCCAGCUACCUGGGUGACAGUUUUGUUUGCAACCUGGUCAAAGAUUUAUAAAUCUUGUAGUCGUAGUUUAACGCAAGACCGGCUAAAUAACAGAUAAAUGAAGAACAACACGUAAAUGAACUGCCUUGUUUUAUCAGUUCUGAUUAUGUUCUUCAACAAAAUACUUAAUCUUAAAAACCUUUUAUGUAAUUGCUCUGAGGGACCUGUUGCUGCCCACCUGCAGUGCCUGCAUUGCCCACCAGGGGGCCACACUCUGGAAUCAUGGAUGCAGUAUAUUGAAUCUUUUUUUCCUCCAGCUGAUGAGGAAGUCUGGAAAUACCUUUUAGAAAACCUCAAAGUGUUUUUGAACCUUUUCAGCUUUUCCAAACUCAGAAAUCAUCAUCAUGAUUGUUAAUAUAUGUGAACAGUUGCUCUGUGACUUGAAUAUAAUGGAGACACACGAGAGGCGCAGACUGGAGCUCAUUAAGUCCUGUUGACCAUUUCACACCACUUGCCUUUCAAACUGCUUUGUGCCAUUGCCUUGAUGGCAACAACACUCACAACAGUGCAUUGCCUUAAAGCUUAAUGUAGCCGAUCUCAUCACCAGUUGAAACUCCAUCGUGAACGGAGAGUAGAAAACUUUUCCUUCAUUCCAUCGUCUCACCAAACUGCUGGUUAGUGGUUCACUUUGUACAUAAUGUAAAGACAUAGUAUUUUUCUGACUAUCAAUAUGUUUACAUUGCAUUAAAACGUGAAGGGUGAAAAGAGUGAAGUAUGUGAGCACAGAUAUUUUUUUUUAAAAAUGGUCCAAACGUCCAUGACUUUCAUGUUGAGAGUCCUGACAGUGUGUUGACAUGCUGCGGGUGUCUUCCGCUUCCUUGUAAUGCAAAUGAAGUCAGUGAACUGAUGACACAAAAGGCCCAGUGUGACGAGCCGCCGUGUGUGUAUGGCCUGCAUCAAGCCUAAAUUUAGAUUUUCAAUGAGUAUCGAGUAAUGGAGGACUGCAGCAGGUGAGGGAUAUUCUCCUGGUUAAUCAUUGACAUCCAGAGCCAAGUAGAUGCAUUCACUGUCCAAACCCCCCAAAUAUUCCAUUUAAAUUUUAAAAAAAGAAGAAUUCUUGCAGGUUUUCGAAGCACAUCUUAGCAACUAUAACCAGACAUGUUUUGUAAUUGUUGCAUGACAAAUAACGUAACUACUUGAUUGUCGAAAUUGUGCUCGUGGAUGAAUCAGUUCAGCUCCAAAGUAAAAACUCAUGUGAACAAACUCAUGAAAUUUCACUUCCAGCCAGCCUGAAAUAAAGACAUAUAACGUGUUAUGAUGCGAUAUUAUUCGCUGCAGUUUAUUGUCUGAUUACACUGAAAUUCAUUUUGCAGCUGGUUCAAUUCAAGAUGUAUACACAAAGGUUAAACAUACAGCUACACAAAUGACACAAGUUCCUAGAGAUACAAAACAGUCAUGACCAUAAAACAUAUCAUGUAAUAUCCUCAGAUUCAGAUCUUAGAUUUUGGUUUAGCAACAGGACGGACUGAUGUAUAAAAAGACUCCUUGGCCUGUUUCCUUCAAAUGGAGGGACUCUAUAUCUUUGUAUUCUCUAAACAGUUAAUUUGGGUGUGAAAAUUCACCUUUAAAAUAAUAGUUUAACAUGACUGAGAGCUCUGAGUUGAGUCACAAUUGUCAAACACACACCCUAACCCACUUUAAAAUAACAGUCACACUUAUGAUCGAAAAAAAAUAAUCAUGCUGUUCAACUUUAAAGAUGCAAUACAUCAGAAUUUCUGCUCAAAACAUUACAAAAUUCCCUGAAAGUUUCAACAGAUCGUGAAGAAGAGUUUGCACGGUGUGUCGCAGAGAUAUCCACUGAAGUUAGCAUGCUAACCAGCUAGCCUCUCCUGUCUCCUGUAGCUCCUGGUCUGGGUGACCAGUUUCACGGUGAACUAAACCAACCAAAACCAAACUACCUAACGGCAGCUACAGUCAGUGGAUUCUCUGACACACUGCACCUUUAAACCUGAGAAAAAACACUUCACUCCUCACUUUCUUCAGGGUGCAAAACUAACUUUUCUUCAUCCACCAGCCAAGAAUGCUCAUGAAUGUUUUUAUUUUAGCAGCCAUUCAUUCUGUUGUUUCUUUGGCUGUUGAAUGAACCAAAAUCUCAUAACACACCCACUUGCAUAUUUUACCAGCAUUUGACUGGUGGCUGUAAUUUCAUUUUGGAUCAGACACCCAGCUUUUCUUUAGCAGCUUCACCAGCUGUGGAGAAGCUUUUCCUCCCAGCCUGGACACAGUAUUUACAUACAUCCAGUCCUCUGCUCCCAGUCUGCUCUCAGCCUCUCCUUCUUCUUUGUGUAUCCCACAAUGCCCCCUGCUGCCUCCUCUUUUACAGCCGCGAGCAUCACAAUGGCUGCCCUUUACAUUACAUGUGACCGGCCUACAGCAGUGGAGCUGCUGCCGAGGAAUUUGAAUACUUACUCGCCCCCACUUUCACCACAACUUCCUCCUUUUUCUGGGUGGUUACCGUAGUAACAAUCCAAGCGUAAAUUACCAGUACUCAUUUAAAAGGUCAAUGCCGUGCGCAAACUUAUUGUGACAUUACAGAAUGUUUUUUUUGUUUGUUUUUGUGACAUUUCUGCUCACAGUACGUUACGUUUCAUCAGUUAGAGUGAAUCUUUUUUUUCAAUCACCACCUGCAGAGUUUCUGUUUCUCUUCAAUGUGGCUCAUUCUGGCAUUAAUUUCCCCAAUGAUGUCUCAUGUACACUGGAAAGGAAUGACUAGUGUUGUUGUUGUUGUUGUUGUUGUUGUUGUUGUUGCUGCUGUUUUUUUUCUUUAAUAGGUGCUCCACUGCUCUGCUUGGUCUUUUACAAUCUUCUGUGUCACAAUGAAAAAAAAAAAGAAAAAUCAAAAAAAGACUGAUUCACUCUGUCGAGCAAAUGAUCGACUCUGAUCACACAGAGACCACAGAGCUGCACAUUGUGACGCCGCCCUGCUGCGGUUUAUAUUUCUGAUGAUGACGUCUGAGAAAUAAAUAAAAUCACAUGUUGCUGUGUAAAC